GUAAAUGCCAGUGCCUUGUGCAACUGUCCACACUUCCAGUAGCAGUUUGCUAUGGUUGUGGUUUUACUAGUAAAGACGCUCAAGCUAGUGCCGCUCAAAACGCUUUGGAAUAUCUGAAAAUCAUGACCAAAAAGUGAGCCAGCGCUUUGCUCCUGCCAGCUGUCACAAUCAACUGCAAAUCCCACAAUAGUAUGCUGUCCAAGAAUCAGAACAACAAUACAGAUACGAAAAUCUUAUCGGUGACCAACCAAGUGUCGGACAAGAGUAAAAGUGGUUCGAAGCUCGAUCACGUAGGGAACAAAACUAGACUUUCUAAGCUAUCUGUUCGAACGGUGAACACCGUAAUAGGGAACAAAGACACCACUCUGAACACGAUCGCUACUGCACCGGGUGCAACAGUCGCCGCGAGUAGGAUAAAUCAGCCUCUGAAGAAGAACAGCGGCACUAACGAGUCCAUAAAGUCGACCGAUCAACAAUUAUCAAAGAGUUCAUCGAUCGUGACCACGAAUCAAUCCAGCGUCAAGUUCGGUAGCGUGAGAAGCGUGACUACGACCUGUGUCGGUGGCAACGUUUCUCAUGAGAUUCCAGUGAAGUCCAAAGAUUACUCCACGAAGAAGUAUCCCAGUGAAAUCGACUCAAAGAUGAAGAACUAUCAGAUGCAGCCCGAUUACAGCAAGGAUUCGUCCAUUAACAACCAGGACUACAAGUCGAGGAACAACACGGCCAUGAACAACUUGCCGUCGAGAUUCGUGAACCAGACGCCGGUGCCAAGCUUGCACAGAGAGAACCACGCGGCCUCCAAUACCCAUCAUUCCAGACCGACUUCGCAGAACGAUAACACUGCGUUCGCGGUGGCUAGGAAGGCUUUGGAACAGCAGAACACAGCCUCGAAGAUGGCCCCGAUCAACUUCCCCCCAUUAAGGGCUCCGCAGAGCAUCGUGAAUGUUCGCCACCCGUUCGUCACGGAGGCGAGGACAAAGCACAACGAGAUAGGGCCGAACUCAAAAUCAAAGCUGAACAUGAGUCCCUUGCAAACCGGGGUCAAAGACUUAGACCAUAGUAGGCAACCGUUUCACAGCUACGGCACCUCGCAGAUCGCUGGUAUACCGAGCGUUCAGAGUCUCAGCACGGCGAACAUGUCUCCUUAUCCUAGACCAGACAGCUUUCCUCAGCCGACAGUGGCCAGCGUGCUGUUCCCCGACACGUCACAGUUCCCUCAAUCGCCGCCGUUCAGCACCACCCAGAUUGGACAGUUGAAUCAGUACCAGACCUACGAUCCUGGAAGCUUCGCGACCACACCGGUCAACGUGAAUCCGGUGAUCCCCCAGUUUUCCGCGGAGAGCUCAAUACCUUAUCCGCAGUACGACAAUCCUCCACAGUUCGUGCAACCUAACCACUAUCCGACCGCGGACAUAGCGAGUAGUCAGUAUCAGUAUCAGGCAGCGGGUGUGGGACAGCUGCAGGACUCGCCGAUGUUCAUACAAAGCCUGCAAAGUCCGAUCGCCGUCACGGACCAGUAUGCUGCUCCGAAUUAUGCGAGGACAGUCAGGACUGAGUUGAUACCACGAUUGAGGAGGCCGCCGAGAUUCAACAAGUAGAAACGAUUGUUUCUAUUCUUCGGUUUUCCUCCAUCGUUUUGGUCUUCGAACGUUGCUGAACAGCGAUGCCGUUGAACACAAUAGGCGCGACUGAGAGAGAUAGAUGGAGAGGAAAAGAGAAAAUUUCAGAGAAUGAACGAUGAGCUUGCCAAUCGGAUCGUAGCUUUGACAGUGUGUGAAAGAUGUGGUAAAAGUUAUUUCAAUUUUUGAUCCAUUUUGAAAUAAAUUUUAACCAGUCUCUGCACGGUUCAUAAACCUCGACAUCAGGAGUCUCUUAAGGAUUCGCGAGUAUGACCGAGAACUCUGUUCGGUAGACGACGGUUUUAUAUACGUGUAUAGUACAUAACGAUAUGUACAGGCGAAGAGAAACGCGCAUCGGAAACUGCAACGAAGAAUCAUUAUCGGCUUGUUCAGAACCUUCAUUCGAUUCGUGACACGGCAGGGCAUAGCGAGUUGAGCUCGAAU